AUGGCUGGACGUAAAAUCGUCCGACUGUAUGCCCCAGACACCGGACUAGUGGUUUUUGAGCGGGUUAGGGAGUCAAUUUUACGACGACGACAGAAGAAGGACGCAAAUGCAAAUAUAGGUGGGAUAACCGUGGGCGACGCCAAAUUCCGUGGAGAGGAGAUGAUGCAAGGGUUGGAAAAGGGAUUGCUGGAAAGAGAGGUGUGGGGGGAUACUAUGGAAAUCGGGGUUGAUGGAGAAGGCACAGAAGACACUACGGAAAUCAGGGAAGGAUUCGAAGCCCAUCUGAAUGCUGGAGAUGGGAUGUUUAUACCGAUGGGCUGGUGGCAUAGCAUUAAGGGGGUGGGUGAGGGCAUCACAGCUUCGGUCAACUGGUGGUUUCGAUGA